CGUUUACACAUAACCUCAAUGUAUUUCUAGGUUAUAUCGAGCAUGUUUGUUUUUUUUCUGCGUGGAAAAAAUGUCUCAAGUUAAAAACAAGAAGGGUGCAUCUCCGUGGUAUCAGUGCGAAAAUUGCCUGACGAAUUUGAUACACAAGGACAUCGAAAUACACGCAAACGACUGCCCGCCAAAUUUAAAAAAACCGGAGUAUGGAUUUGUCAAGGAUGGGGUUUUGUAUGGGCAUUUGGACGUUAAAGUUAAUGAAGAAAUAAAGAAUGUUGAUAGUAAGGGGAAGGAUUUUUUGGUUUUCUUGAGUCAAGGUGCUAUACAGCUCACAAAUUUGUCUAUCGGUGAUUGGUGUAAGGUUGAAUCGUUGGAUGAUGGUGUCGCGCCAUUGGCUAAAAUUGUAUGGCCCACUGUGGAAAAAACGCUCACUAGUGUUCUUAUGACCAAAAAUAGUAUCGAUUUAAAUCUUAAUGAUGCUAAAAAUUUGGUUGUGUCCAAGUUAGAGUGUAAUAAAGUCGCGUCGUUAGUCACUAUAGUGGUUUUAAAUGGUCCAAAAUCGCUUGAAAUUACACAAGAGCUAAAUAAUAGGAUUAGUAAGAGUCAUAUUGGUAAAAUAUUAAGAAAAAAAAACUGUAUAAGUGUUAUGUAUUACGGUAAAGUACUUAAGUUUGAAAUUAAGGAUAUUUCCGGUGCCAGUAACGGCGAUAUAUGCGAUGAAAUGGGUGAUUUAAGCUUAAAUGAUGAUUUUUAUAUGAUAACUGAAAAAACAAAGUGGAAAUUAUACAAAGAUAAAUUAGAAUUUAAAAAGUCUGUUGAGAAAGUUAACUUGCUAGACAGGAUAGCAGGUCUUACAGAUGAAAUUUCAGAAAUAAAAUCAACAAUUAAUGCUUGCUUUAACAAAAAAUUGAAGGGUUUGAAGUGUAAAUCUAUUUUAUUAUAUGGUAACUCUGGAACAGGGAAAACUGUAUUAGCGAAUGCUAUAGCACAGGAUACUAAAGUAAACAUUGUUAAUAUAUGUGCCCCAGAUUUGUACAGUAAAUAUUCAGGGAAUAUUGAAGAAGUUAUAAAGGAGUUAUUUCAGAGUGCAAUAGAUAAUUCACCUAGUAUUGUAGUGCUAGAUGAGGUGGAUAUUCUAUGUCCAAUAAGAAGUAAUAGGGUUACUGAUACUGAAAAAAGAAUUGUCUCUUCUUUAUUGAUGAUGUUUGACAAAUUAAAAGAGGAAGAUGCAAAGGUUUUUGUUAUUGCUACCACAAAUAAACCUGAUAAUAUUGACCCUUCAUUUAGGAGGUUUGGGAGGCUCGACAGGGAAAUAGAAAUCUCCACACCAAAUCCAAAAAAUAGAAAAGAAAUACUCCAGAAAAUCUUACAGGAUUUCCAAGUAAACCUAACAGAAGAAGAAUUGUAUGAUCUAUCACUUAACACCCAUGGUUUUGUAGGAGCAGACUUGGUAUCUUUUUGCUCUAGAGCCAGCUUAAACGCCAUUAAAAGAAACGACGAAAAUCUUAAAUAUGAAGACUUCAAGUAUGCCUUAACAAAAGUCCGCCCAAGCGCCAUGCGCGAGGUUCAAAUAGAGGUGCCCAAUAUAAAAUGGCAAGACAUCGGCGGUCAGGACAACCUAAAACUGAUACUCCGCCAAGCCGUAGAAUGGCCUCUAAAACACGCCGCCUCGUUUUUGAGGUUGGGGGUGACCCCGCCCAAAGGCGUUUUGAUGUACGGGCCGCCAGGUUGCUCCAAAACCAUGAUAGCCAAAGCCUUGGCGACCGAAAGUGGUUUAAAUUUUCUCUCCAUCAAAGGUCCAGAGUUGUUCAGCAAAUGGGUGGGGGAGUCUGAAAGGGCUGUAAGAGAAGUGUUCAGGAAAGCACGGCAAGUGGCGCCAUCUAUAAUAUUUUUCGAUGAAAUCGACGCGCUUGGAGGGGAGAGGAGUGCCAACUCCAGCACCAGUGUGCAAGAAAGAGUCCUGGCUCAAUUAUUGACCGAGUUGGAUGGAGUCGAAGCUCUAGGGGAUGUGACAGUGCUAGCUGCCACUAAUAGGCCUGAUAGGAUCGAUAAGGCCCUACUUAGACCUGGAAGACUGGAUAGAAUUGUCUAUGUGUCUUUGCCAGAUGAGAAUACUAGAAAAGAAAUAUUUAGGAUCAAACUUUCUAAAAUGCCAGUUGUAGGUGUGUCAAUUGAGGAUCUAGUAGGUUUAACCAAAGGCUAUUCAGGUGCAGAAGUAAACGCAGUGUGCCAUGAAGCCGCCAUGAUGGCCUUGGAGGAAAGCCUUGACAUUGAACAUGUGGAAAAACGCCAUUUUGAUAAAGCUUUGGAUUUAAUUAAACCUAGGACGCCUCCCAGUUUAAUAAAAUUGUAUGACGAUUACGCAAAAUUAAAAGAAUGAAAAGCGAA